CGUAAAUUUCCCACCGAGUCUGGCAAACCCAAGAGCAUAGCGAAAGGAACACCGAGAGCACCGAGACUUGCCACGAAGAAAUCCCGACGAUCGACGAAGGUGGUGAACAACAAGACCGUUGCGAGAAUGCCCCGCUUUCGAUUUCCACGAUUCGCAACAAAGAGAAUGUUUCUGUCUCUGUCGUCUGCCUUCAUUGUUUUCUCUGCCAUUCUCAUCGAGACCGCGACAUCGCUGGCGCUUCCGAAAGCACCAGCGCCGACAAACCCAACGAAAUUUGUGGUUCUCGGUGGCACCGGAAAGAUCGGAACUGCCGUCGCGGCUCACUUAUCCCAUCGAYUGUCCUCCUCCUCGCCGGCACCAUCCGACUGUGAAAUUGUUUUGGUGGGACGCCGGCUUUCCUCGGCGGAAGACGACACCUAUUUCCGGGCAGCCCUGCAAGAAAUAGAGGAACUCUUGGCGCUGUCCUCCGAGGACCACAAAAAGACCUUCCCCGACUCCCAGCGACCAAAGAUCUCGUACCGGUGCGUUCCCGACGUUUGGCAAGCCGGCGCACUGGACGASAUUCUCUUGGGGGGAGGGCAAACACCCGAUUCGUCGUCGUCCGACAACAGCGGCCCCGUCUCCUGCGUGAUUCAUGUGGCGGGUCCGUACGCGGAUCGAUCCCCCACCGUGCUGGACGCCUGCAUCGACUUCAAGAUACCGGUGUACGUGGACGUUUCGGAUCCGGUCGACUUUCUGGAAGCCUCCCUGGAACGGAACGACCGAGCGAUUGCCUCGGGCACCACGGCCCUCUUGGCGGCGGGUGCCUUUCCGGGAAUGUCCAACGUGCUGGCCAUGGAAGCGGCGGAGGCGGCGCUGUCAACCGACCACGACGAGUCGUCUGCUUCCUCCGUGGUGAAAGACGUGCGAUUCAAUUACUUUACCAAGGGCUUGGGUGGAUCGGGGACGAUCAACCUGUACAUUACCAACCUUGGUUUCGGGGAUCCAAUGGUCAUGCACGAAAAAGGAAGGCGGAGCCGGUUCGAGGACUUGUCCGGACGCCUMCUGGGGAAGGUCGACUUUUUCAUCGACGACGACAACACACGCACCACCAUCGACGCUCCGUGGAGAAAAGACAACGCCAGGGCAAAGGCAAGGGUAGGGAGCCAGAAGGUCUUUGCGUGGCCCUUUCCGGAGGCAGCUACCGUUGCGUCCGAGCUAUCGAUUUCGGGUUCGUCUUCUUCCGCCAUGGGAACCGCACCCGAAAUUUGGAACGACAUGCUSGGCCUGCUGGUCGACCUAGUCCCUCGGAACUGGUGGAGAUCCGAKCGWUUCUCGAAGUUCCUGGCGGACUUUUCCGAGCCCCUCGUGCUGGCCACCGAUUUGGCGAUGCGAAAGCUGUCGGCGCCGAGCGAGGAAACGGGRAAGGGCGACUGCGGAGAAACCCACGCGAUGCGGGUAGACGUGGUCACCGAGCGCAGCGACAACGGUGCGAGCGCCCAGGCCAUGACCUCGAUCGUCCAGUGCCACGACUCCUUCCGCCGGUGCGUCGGCCAGUCCUGCGCCGAGUUCGCGCUGGACGCGGUGCUGGAACACGAGCGGGGCACCGCUGUGCAAACGGGGGUCUUUCUGCCCGAGCAGCGCUACCGCGGCUCGGCCGACCGCGCACGAAUCGUAGAGCGCCUCACCGCAACGCCCGGCACCUUUUGCUACACCGGCCCCGUGGAAAUCCGCCCCACGGACRCUGGUGCCGCGGAGGCGGGGCCCGAAAACGCUCCCGCGGACCGGAUUCUCUUGAAAAAUACGCCGACCCCGGGUCUCAUCUGCAACGGUGCUCCGAUCGAGGUGCGUUUGGAACGAAUCGAAGAAGACGACGACGACUCGGACGAUUCUGAUGGCACCACCAGUCGGCAGAAGAGUGAAACGCAGCGCCGACCGAAACAACUUCCCGUGUAUCCCAMUGACGUCCGUGAAGUAGUUCAGGCRAUGGAGAACCAGUUGCGAUGACAAAAUUUGCAACUAAUCAAUUUACAAAAUAAGUAGUUUCAUUUACGACAAAACUUUGCUGCGUUUUUCUCGUGGAGACGAACAAUUUUGGGGUAYAUUGUAACUAUCUGAAUGAUAUAAUGCGCUUUAAUUCCUUUAAACCCAAGAACACAAACUCUACAGGAUCUAGUUUUUUAAAAAGUAAAUUGGCUUGUGGUGC